GCUGAAGAGGAGGAGGAGGAGGCGGAGGAGGCGGCGAUGAGAGCUGAGGUUGCGGGAGGCGACAGCCGCUGAACGGCCCCGCCGAGCCCCGGAGCCGCAGGGCCGUCCCCGCCGGAGCCUGUUGCAUGCGGCAGCCCGCCUAGGGGAGGCCCGAGCCCGGCGUCCUCCCCCGGGCCCCGCCGGCCCCAGGGCAGCGAGUCGGGCCGGCAGCGCGGCGCUUAAUGAGGAGGUGACGGCCGCCCCAUUAUCCGUGAAUCACCCCGUCGUUAUUCGCCGGGGAGGAAGAGCGCGAGGGGGGAAAAGCCGCGCGCAGCCCAUGUCGCGGCGCAGUGCCGCCCGCCCCGCCUGGCACCGCCGCUGACGGAGCCGCCGCCCCCGGCACAGCCCUCGGCCCGGAGCUCCUCAGGGCCCCGCCGCCCCACGCCGGCCUCGGGCCGGGGAUCUCCGCUCGCUGCUUCUCGUUCUGCUCUCGAAGUUGGUGUCCGAGCGUCGGAGGGAUAUCAAGAUGUCCAGCAGCGUUCCGGCUGACAUGAUAAAUUUGCGCCUCAUCUUGGUAAGCGGAAAAACGAAAGAGUUCUUGUUCUCACCAAAUGACUCUGCUGCUGAUAUUGCAAAACAUGUGUAUGACAACUGGCCGAUGGAUUGGGAAGAGGAACAAGUCAGCAGUCCAAAUAUCUUGCGGCUUAUUUAUCAAGGGAGGUUUCUUCAUGGCAAUGUGACACUAGGAGCAUUAAAACUUCCUUUUGGCAAAACAACAGUGAUGCAUUUGGUGGCUAGAGAGACAUUGCCAGAACCAAAUUCUCAAGGUCAAAGGAACCGUGAAAAAACUGGAGAAAGCAAUUGCUGUGUAAUCCUGUAAACCCUGUUAGCUUUACCUGCUAAGUGUGAUGUAAUAUAGUCUUUGUCUUUCAUGCUGCUGGAAUAGAAGAGGCCCUACCUUGCUUCAAACACCUGUAGGAAGAGCCUGUCUGUAAAUCCAUGGAACUGAAAUAUUACACGAACACUGUCUCAUUAGUCUUUUUUUUUUAAAGAGAAAGAUCUAUGAACACUUUCAUUGUUUUUUUAAAUUCCUGCUUUCUGUUUGUUGAAUAAUCAUACAGUACAUCAGUUCUUGAAGGAAUUUGAUCUCCGGAAAACUUAAUGUGUUCUUUUCCAUAGCAGGAAUCAUUUUGCUACCACAAAAAUCUCUAUUAACCGGAUCUAACUAGUCAAGCUUUCUAGAUGCAAUUUGCACUAAGUAUGGUUGACGUUAUAUUUCUCAUCAACAAUCUGUAACAAUAGUUGAAAUACCUAGUGGUAACCUCCAAUGUAUAAUGCAACACUGGAAAAUAGUAUAUCUAUAAUGAAAGUAAAUCUCAUUUAUGGCCAAAUCAAGGGAAAAACUUAAGUCAAUUCUACCUGAGUCAACCUGAGUGGUGGCCGACCUGGCACAGAAUGCUAACUAAACCAACUCUAACUAUAUAUAUUUUCACUAAAACAAAAACAAAACGAUGUGCCUGUAAUUUAAAAGCACUCUGUAGAGGGCUGACGAAACUAAUCUUUUUCGUUACUGUGUGCACUCUUUAUCUCGUAUGUUAGGUGAGUGCUUAAUUCAGACAGCACAAACAAGUGCAGAGAGUGCAUUUCCUAGCCUUAAUAUGGGAGGGGUAAUUUCCUGUAGUUCAUAGGCUUUUAUUAUUGUGCAUAAAUGUUAGAAAACAUCUACUAAUCAGUUUUAUGUAUUUGAAUAUUGACAAUUGGUGUUUUUCAGUCACUUUCUCAUCUGUACCUUAGUGUCCAGUGUCAUGCUUACUCAUUAGAGACUUCAAAAGAAUUAUUAAAGUUUAAAAAGCAAAAAGAAAAA